AUGAAAAACGUUUCCAAUGAACACUACAUAUGUGCACAAGCCAAUGUAUGCAUUGGUCGAAAUUACCAAAUCAAAAUUGAAUGCAAUCUUGACAAAACUCCAACCAAAACUUAUUCCAAUACCAAUACUGGAACAAACCUUUCAGGUGGACAUUUCGGAUAUUCUUCCGAAAGUCAACAACAAAUCAAAAACGAACAGAAAGGCAAUGUUAUCGAUUAA